UUUUCUUUCUCUCCGGCUACAUUGUCAUUGUUUCGAGGGAAAAUCGGCACAAUCGUCGGUUGUGCAAAAAGGGACUCGAUUUAGCGUGCGGUGGGUACCGAGUGGCCUCUCGGCGUUCCCCGUGGCUCUUCGGUUCAUUUCGGCUCUCGUCGUGUCUUUCGCCGGAGGGAGGAAUGGACGAAGCGGAAUCGGCGACGAAGGCGCUCGGACUUGACGAACCCCGCAGGCGGGCAGGCUCGGAUACCGAGUCGGAGGCCGAAGUCUCUACGAUGGCCGUGAUGGCGGCGCCCGGAAACAUCGAUGUGGGAGCCGAAGCGAUGCCGAACCCCGACGACGCCGAGUCGGCGGCUUUCGCAGAGGUGUCCACGGUGGAGGCGGUGGAAGACGUUCAGGCUGCAGACGACGGCGUCUUCGCCGCCCCGGUGGAGGCGGUGGAAAACCUUCCGGAACACGUCUUGAGCGGAAGGAGCCCCCUGCAGCUGGCCGAGGCUCUGAGCGGCCAGAAGACCACGCUCAUCGUGGUCCACACCGACUCUGCAGUCGCGCAGCAGGACGGACUCAAGUCCGUCGGCGCCGUCUCAACUGGUCUGGUGACUCCGCCCACCCCGCCGACUCCUCUUCGGGACAAAGAGCCCGCCUCCAAGUACAACUGGGAUCCGUCGGCGUACAACAACGAGCUGCCGGUGCGGUGCCGCAACAGCAGCGGCGUCCUCUACAAGAACCGCCUCGGCUCGGGCGGCAAAGGUCGCUGCAUUAAACACGAUCAGCGCUGGCUGACGCCCACCGAGUUUGAGGCUCUGGCCGGUCGCUCCAGCAGCAAAGACUGGAAGAGGAGCAUCCGCUACGGAGGGAGGCCUCUGCUCUGCCUCAUACAGGACCGCAUCCUGAACCCUCACGCCGCCUCGUGUACGUGCGCGGCCUGCUGCGACGACAUGGUCUCGAACGGAGACUCCCUGGAAGCCGAAACCAUCACAAUGAACGGUCCGGUGCGCCUCUUCGUCCCGUACAAGAGAAGGCGGAGGGACACGGAUCCGCCGUCCGCCGUCAAAAAGGAAGUCCCCCCCGCCGGCAGCAAAAGCAUCACGCUGAGCCCGGGAACCACGUUCACCGUGUCGCCCAUGGGUCAGAUCACCCCUUCGGGCACGCUGACUUUUGAGCGCUCGCCCGGCAGCGACGCGACCGUCGUCCCCGCCGGCAGCAAAAGCAUCACGCUGAGCCCGGGAACCACGUUCACCGUGUCGCCCAUGGGUCAGAUCACCCCUUCGGGCACGCUGACUUUUGAGCGCUCGCCCGGCAGCGACACGACCGCCGCCGCCGCCAUCAUCUCGGACGCGUCGGCGCAGAGCGAAGUUUACGCUGACACAGCAGUGCUGACGGCCUUGCCGGCGUUGGCGCUGUCCCCCCAGGCCAAGAUGGCGUCCCCCUCGGCCUCCCUGGUGGGCACCCUGGAGGUGGGGCCGCCUCUCUUGAGCCCCAAGAACGCCUGCUGGUACAGCCUGGAGGAGAUGGCCAACACCCUCAUGAGCAACGUGCAGCAGCUCAAAGCCUUGAUAGAGCAGGCCAAGAGGGACAAUAAAGGAGGGCACAAGGAGUGUGUCGUCAGUCAGUCCUUCCAGAACCGGAUAAGCUUCCAGACGCCGGACGAGUCGCAAGCCAAACGGAGCAGCGACAUCGCAGAAGUCAUCGUCAAUAUGUGUGAGAACUGCGGUCGCGCGGCCCUGAGCGAGUGCACGGGCUGCCGCAAAGUCAACUACUGCUCCGCCUUCUGCCAGAGGAAGGACUGGCGAGAUCAUCAGAACAUCUGCUGCCAAUCGGGAGGGGGCGGGGCCAUCCCGGAGGAGGAGCCAAUGGCAUCCAUUGGCAUGGACAAAGUGAAGUGAGAAAAAGCAGGCAAGAUGUUGAAUGAAGGAAGGGAAGGCUGUUCAUUUGUCAUGUAUUCCUCCGUGAGCGCUUUGUUUAGCACUCGUGUUGCUUUCUUCAUGAACGUUCGUACGGCUUUGUACAUAUUUUCUUUAUAUUCCACUUUUUGCCAGGGGUGUCCAAAUGAUUAGCUUUGAGGAUAAAAAAGCUGACACAAAGCGAAUUCAUAUAGAAAUGGAUUUAUUGAAACCACUUUCAUGAAUUCAUGAUCAUUCAACCUGUUUAAUGUUCAUUUGAUUGUUUUAUAAUGUAGGCAUAAAAAUAGUAUGUCAUGAGAUG